GAAAAGUCAUAUCGGGCGCAAAAGUCUUUGAAUUUCAGAAUUAUGUGGGACAUUUAAACCAAGUUUUUAAAUUUAUAGGGCGCGCAUUUUAGGAUGUAAAGAUCCAAAAAUUAAGUGUUCGUAAGUUUACUAACACAUUACUGUAGCCUGAGUUGGAUUUUUUUUAUUUUUUUUUUCACAAACCACAGCUUCAUGAGUGUAAAGUAACAGUAGACUUCAGACAACCUACAUCAAUUAUAGUUGGAGUGACUAACCAUGUCUAAAACACAGAUCGCUCAAGCAGUGAAAGUUUUGGCUGAGUACAGUGGGGAUGCUGAUGACAAGAACUUGUCCCGAGGUCGAAUUGCCAUUAGUUAUCUUGUUAACAGCUUCCUCACGGAUGUACACAUGGUGUCGGAAUCUCUGAACAAGCUGGGUCAACAGAGCGAGGCGUACAUGUCUCUACAGUGGUGUCAGCACUGCAUCAAGACAAAACCUGACCUGUUCCUGUGCACGCCAACACCCACAGACACUACACCAGCCCUGUCGCAGCUUCGAUCAAGGGAACCAACUCUAGAGGCCAAGCUCUCUAAUGUAUUUUGUUCGUGGUUCAUCGGCAGACUUGUGCGUUUGUUGGGCAUCCCCGACGUCGAGGGCCACCAGACGAAAUGCAUCAACAUCAUCAUACAGCUGCUUCAGAUGAUUCUGUCCCGCGAUUUCCACAUCUUCCGACAACUGACGGCUGAGCUUGUUGGUGCUCUGGGAGAUCUGGUUCAGAUCAGUGAGAAGCUGUGGGAGACACCGGCUGCUGGUUCUCAGGUUCUAGACAAGUUCCUGGUGUCCGUGGAUGACCUGCGCGAGAGUCUCAUUGAUGCGACAUCCGACCAGGAUCAGGAAAUCAGUGUGGUUGAAGUCAAACUCUUUGUGCAAGACACAGACCAGUGUGAACGUCUGCAGCUUGGAAUCACUAAAGUUAUUCAAGUGCUGAUAACUGAUAUUUCCAUGAUGGAUGUUCAUCAGCUUCGCAUUGUGUGGGGAUGUUUGUGCUGCCAUCUAGAGUUUGGUGAAUGCGAUCUCAAAGUUACUUCACUUUCGGUUUUGGCGACCAUCAUUCACGACAGUGGUUUCCCAUUGUUGGAUAUCAUGGAGUAUUUUCUGUCCUGUGUGGAAGCACUGAUAAAGUUACUGCUCUCUGGAUGUCGAGGGUUAGACACAAAGCAAGAACGUGAUACUUUUGGAGGAGAAGUGUGCAGACCUGCUUGGUGA